AGUUUAGUCCAAUCGCCGCUUUCCAACCAAAAUCCUGUCCCUGCAUGGGAGUGUGUGAAAGGAAAUGUAACUGGAUUAUGCAAAAUCAUCUCUCAAAUGAGGUUUUAAGGCAUCACUCCCAGUUGUUGGAGGUGUUCAAGACAGGUGAUUCCAGCAGUUCCUUGUGCAGCUGGAACAGGAAGGUCUCCUGCGGAGCUGGUUUGGGAGCAGGAGUGUUGGAAUCUUCCCUCACAGCAAACAGGGGGAUAAUGGUAGGAAUUCCCAUGCAGCCCCAUUUCCAGCUGCAUCAUUUCAGUUCUCCCAGUAAAUUAGUCCGUGAGGCUUCGUGGCUGCUCCUUCCCCCCAGGUGCUCCUUUGGUGCCUGGUUAUCCCAGGCUGUUUGCUUCCCACUGUUUGGAUUCCAUCCAGUGCCCUUUGGUGGGGGGUCACUGCCAAUGCUGGGUUUGACUGUGCCAGUGUCCCCAGGAGAUCCCCAGUGCCCCGUGGCCCUUCCUGGGGGGAGAGUGUGUUGCCUUUGGGGUCGAAGAGGCAUUUCCUGGGUGUCUGGGGCCGCCCCUGGCUCUGGUUCUCCCUUCUCACCACUCCCAGGGUCUCACCAUCGUGUCUCUCCCUCCCCUCCCAGGUCAGAUGCCGGGGCCAGGGUCGAUGCUCCCCGGGCAGCCCCUGCCAGGCCGGAUGAUGCCAAGUGUGUCAGCCAACAUCCACCCUGCCGGGGGGGCCCCCCCGCCCGGGAUGGCGCCCAUGGCCGGGAACCUCAUCGGACCUCGGGUGCCCCUGGCAGCUCCCAACGGCAUGUAUCCCCCCCCGGCGCAGCCCCCGCCGCCCGCGGAAGGAGUGACCCCCCCUCCGGCCGGAGCCCCCCCGGCCUCAGCCGCUCCCUAGGCAGCCAAGGAAGAGGGAAGGAACUUCCACAGCAACACAGUGGUGACCAAAAAGGAAUUCCUCAGCUCCCUUCUGUCCCCUGGGGGGGUUCACCUCCCCUCCCUGUCUCGUGGGUGUGAUUUACACACACACUUACGUUCCCCCUCCCCACCGCUCGGAACCCGGCAGGGUUGGCAUUCCCUUGGGCAAGCUGGAGAUCAGGGAUGCCAGGAGUGCCUCCAUGUUGCUGGUGGGAAGUCCUUUCCCCUUUGGCCUGCUUGCCUUGCAGAGCUCCACGCUGGUUUCCUUCCUCUUGGUGCUUUGAGCUUUGGCUUCUCCCGGGAAGGGUAAAAUAAUCCAGGUUUUAGGGUGGGGGCAAGAGCUGAGCUUUAGGACGUGGCACGAGCCCACUCUGGGGUGAUUUAGUGUUUUGGGGUCUCUGGGUAGAGCAAAGCACCGAGCUGAGAUGCCAAACCAGUGCUUGGAGCAGAGCAGGAGAAGCAGGGAGGGGCAGGAAUGGCAGCCGUGUUCCCUCGGGAUAUCUGGUCCUGACGGCCGGGGCUGCCCCACUAACUUAUUACAGGAAAUAUUGAUCCAUGUGAAUGAAGCCAGGAGUGAAUCAAUUGGAAUAAAACCACUCAAUGGUAGGAGUUUUCUUGCUCCAGUUUUUACCUUUCCUUUGCCUUUGGAGGUGGUAGUUGGACCUUCCCUCUGAGUAGUUCGGUGCCGUAGCCAACUGAGGAAUAAACCCCCAUUUUUAGUCCCUCUUUUUGGAGCAUAUACUUUGUACUUUUUAAAAUGAAGAAAACAGGAAAAAAAAAAAAGAUAAAGUAGGUAGCGAAGAAGUGCUAGAAUUUGGGAUUGGGUUGGGAUGGCUGGGAUGGGAAUGCCAGAACUACCUCCUGCGGACAGCCGGGGCAGGCAGUGGAGCUGGGGACAGCUGGGGUCACCUCCCACGGGGCUGGAGGCUGGGGAGGGAACAGCCUCACCAGGCAGAUCUGGGAGCGCCUGGUGAGACCUCCAGGCUGCCAAAACUUGGGAGUAAAGUCCUGCAAAAAAUCCUUCUCUGCCCGUGGUUCGGGUUCUCCGCCCUCGUCCUGCCCCGGGAGGGUUUGGGGUUCCCUGCCGAGGGCCCGAGGCUGCUCCUGGAUUGGAAGGGUGGCUUUUGGCCCUGUGAGGGGCUGUGAGGAUGGGCUGGAGGGAGGCUCCCAAAAAUUCUGGAGCCUCCAGAACCGCUUCCACCAUUUCCCAAGAUAGGAUUUGCCGGGUGCUCCCAGCACAGACUCCGCGGUGCCUCGCCGGGAGCGGGGCCCGCCCGCCUCCCCUCCCAUCCCAAGGCUUCCUUCCCCUCCAGGGUCUUUGGGUGAGCAUGGGAUUCCUGGGGCAGCCCUUAGUCCAGUUUAGAGUAACCUCAGGUUGUUUUUAGCGUGAUCAAUACCAGGGAUCCAGGGGGAGACUAUUUUUUACUGUCCUAGUGCUGAUCCUGCCGAGGACCUGGAUCCCGACACUGUUUUGUUUCUGUAUAAAUAAUCCUUGUGCCGACUUUUUCACCUGAUCUCUGUAUAGGGCCCGUUUGAUUCCUGCAGCAGCCACCCAAUUUUGUGAAAUAAAAGCAAAAAAAAGUGGUUUUUGUACAAA